CCGGUACGAUCGGCACGACCCCUCAGGCUGUUGUCGGCCAUCAAAAGGACGCCUCGACCCGCCGCGCCGUCACUCGCGUCCCAGCCGUGGUCCACUCAGCUCGACUCUUCUCAAACCAGCUUGACUCAGCUCGACUCAGCUCGACUCUUCUCCGCCUUGACUCACUAUGAAGGUGACGCUGCUCCUUCUGGCGCUAGCGGCAGUGGCCGCGGCAGCAAUCGUCGAGAAGCCAUCUGACGAUUCGGAUUCCGGGCCGGGCAAGUUUCUUUUGGUUGCUCACCGGCGUAAGACGACUACAGUGACGUCACAUUUAAUGCUGACUACCACCGUCACCGUGCCCUACCGCUGUGACGUCACACCGAACCUCUCGGCGUGUACAGCUGGAACCGGUAGGCGCAGGAGGUCUGCCAGGGCCAAGGCAGCAUCAGCACCCAGCAAUGAAAUGGAGCCAAACGCUGAAAUGGAGCCAAACGCCGAAAUGCAGUCCAACGCCGAAAUGCCGCCGAACGCUGGGACGGAGAUACCGUCCAACACUGAGAUGGAGUCCAACUCUGGCAUUCAGCUGGACAGCUCGAUGCAGCAGACUGACGGAGCCGGCGAUAGCGCCCGUCUGCUGAUCCACACCCGGAUCACUGAAACAUACACCAGCACCAUCGGCACCAGGACGGUGUCCGUCACCAACUCAGCCAGCACCGAGUACGUCGCCUUUGCGUCAUGUUUGGCGACAGACUACGCGGCUACUCGACUACCAACUUGCCCGUCGCCAUAAACUUCAGCCAGCGCGCCUGGCCGCCGGUUAAAGGGACCCUCCCACCUUAACAUUAGUUUUGAGUUGAGAUAGCCAAGUUUGCGGCCAGGCUCAGAAACCA